AUGGCUCGCGGCAUCACCGUCGCGACGACGCUCCUGCUGGUCACCCUCGCCACGGUGGCACCGCCGUUCGUCCACGCGGCUUUGGAGUACCCCGCUGACGUGCCCGUCGCGGCUGAGGAAUCCUCAGACGGCAAGGCCGACGCUCCCGCCGCGGACGCGGAAACCCCUGCCGUCAAGGCCGAUGCGCCCGCGGCAACCGCGGAAUCCCCACCAGCCAACGCAGCCGCGGAAUCCCCCGCCGGAGACGGCAAGGCCGACACGCCCAUCGUGGCUGAGGAAUUCUCAGACGGCAAGCCCAACGCUGCCGCCGUGGCCUCGGAAACCCUUGGAGUCAAGGCCAAUGCGCCCACGGCAACCACGGAAUCCCCACUAGCCGAUGUGGCCGCGGAAUCACCCGCCGGAGACGGCAAGGCCGACGCAUCCGUCGCGGCUGAGGAAUCCUCUGACGGCAAGGCCGACGCUCCUGCCGUGGCCGCGGAUAGCCCUGGAGUCAAGGCCGAUGCGCCCGAGGCAGCCGUGGAAUCCCCACCAGCCGACGCGGCCGCGGAAUCCCCCGCCAGAGAAGGCAAGGCCGACGCGCCCACAGCUGCUGCGGAAUCCGCAUACGGCGUGGCAGACACGCCCGCCGAGGCCACGGAAUCCUCAGCUGGCAAGACCGGGGGCCUCACGUACGUCAAGUUUGUGAUAAAAAACCCAGUCAAAUCGAAGAAAGAUCCGAAUGCCCGUGCCGACGGCCUCCCGAUCGACCCGACGCCCGACGGUCAGAUGUAA